AUAAAAACAGUAGUCUAUAAAAGUAGAGGAUUUUUUGAUGAAGAAAACAUAGCAAGAUUAAUCAAAGGAAAGUGAGCUACAAGAAGAACUUGGAGAAGGAUAUUAUCGCAGCAAUGUAUAAAUUACCGAAUGAGAAUCAACAGCAACAGCAGGAAUUUCAAAAUCACGAAGCUGUCUUACCUCGUAUUAUUUCAUCUCCACGCUCUCGUGAAGUUGCAAAUAACUACAUUGACCAAGCACCUUUCGAAGACAAACUGAUUAUUACGCGCAUGCUCAAUGAAUGGAAUAGGGAAACAUUUCCAAUACAGGAAGCUAAAAAUGUUAUUAGACCUGAAGCUGUACCUGUGAUUAAAGAUUGGUUGAACACUGCUGAAGAUAAAGAAAUUGCUAUCGCUAAAAAUCUUUUGGCACAUCUCAGUGAAGAAAAGAAGCGUACUGAUGACGUGCAAACGCGAAAUAGCCCGCGACGACGAACAAGUGCAUCCCGAUCCGACAGUCGUCCUUCUUCUACUAGAUCAGGACAAAACUCAAAUAGUAAUAGCAGACCAGUUUCGAAUAAUGGAGGGCGUAAAGGCAGUAGACUUGGGUCAAGCAAUGGUGGCCGCAGAAGCAGUAGCUCAAAUCAACCACAACGCCCACCGCUACGGCCACGAACAAGUAUAACGUAUGGGUCCUUUUAUCCGCAACAAACUGAUGGCUUUGGGAACAACACUGGUGUCUUUAAUAUAGUACGUGGUCAACCAAGACCUAAAACAAUGCUUUCAAAAGCUCAACAGUAUCGUGAAAAAUAUCAUAACAAGGCACAGGAAUCUCCUAGGGAAGCUACCUUUAAUCCAGUUAACAGAUCUGGAGUAUUUGGUACUGUCAUUUUCCCAGUACAACAAGGAACAUAUAGUCGCCCAGGUACACGACAAAGCCGUCCUGGCUCACAAGCACUAGGACGUCGACCAUCAACACAAGGUCAGCUGCGUAAACAAAACUCAGAUGAAAGGCUUAAAUUUAGCGCCAAUCUUCAAAGCAAAGAUGACAUUCAACAGCUUGAUAUUGAGACUGACCGGUCUGAGGGUAACAACAAGCAACAAUCUGAAACACACAGAAGUAUCGAAGAAAAAAAAGAGCCUGUUAUGUAUUAUCCACAGCUAAAUACUUACAGGGAUUUAGGUUUGAAGAAACAUUGGCCUGGAAGACCAUAUCACAAUACCAAUUUGCUUUUGGGUUAAACUAAAGAGCUUCUGUAAAGACAAUUUCGCUGUACAUAUACUUUUCAUCAGAUGUGUUAUUUAAAAUAGGUUACCCACAUUUCCCUGUAUAUGUUCCUUUAAAGAUUUUGUAUAAGCAUUUAAAAAAAAGAAUCGUGCACACAAUAGUCAAA